AUGCUGCGAGGCGGACGGCGCUGGCAGCUCGGCUGGCACCGCCGGGCAGCGGGGCCGGGCAGCCUGCUGGCUUGGCUGAUGCUGGCAUCCGCGGGCGCCGCGCCCUGCCCCGAUGUCUGUUGCCCCCGCGGACCCUCCGGGUUGCGCUGCACCCGGCCUGGAGCCCUGGAUAGGCUCCGCCACCUGCCGGGCGUCGAGAAUCUAACGGAGCUCUACAUGGAAAACCAGAACCUGCAGCAUCUGGCGCUCAGUGACCUGAGGGGCCUGGGGCAGCUGAGAAACCUCACCAUUGUGAACAGCGGCCUCCGAUCCGUGGCGCCAGAUGCCUUUCACUUCACUCCCCGGCUGAGUCGCCUGAACCUCUCCUUCAAUGCUCUGGAGUCUCUCUCCUGGAAAACCGUGCAGGGGCUUCCCUUACAGGAACUGGUCCUGGCAGGGAACUCCUUGCAUUGCUCCUGUGCCCUGCGCUGGCUGCAACGCUGGGAGGAGGAGGGACUGGGUGGUGUGCAGGAACAGAAGCUGCGGUGUUCUGGGACAGAGCCCCUGGCCCUCAUGCCCAACGCCAGCUGCGGUGUGCCAACGCUGAAGGUGCAGAUGCCCAAUGCCUCGGUGGACGCAGGGGACAGCGUGCUGCUGCAGUGCCAGGUGGAAGGGCAGGGCCUGGAGCAGGCAGGCUGGAGCCUCACGGAGCUGGAGGAGUCAACUCUGAUCCAAAAAUCGGAGGAUCUGCCGACCCUGAGGCUGACUCUGGUCAAUGUCACUAGUGACCUGAAUAGGAAGAAUGUGACCUGCUGGGCAGAAAAUGACGUGGGCCGGACCGAGGUCUCCGUCCAGGUCAACGUCUCGUUCCCAGCCGUUGUGCAGCUGCACCCGGCAGUGGAGUUGCAUCACUGGUGCAUCCCCUUCUCCGUGGAUGGGCAGCCAGCACCCUCCCUGCAAUGGUUCUUCAAUGGCUCCGUGCUCAAUGAGACCAGCUUCAUCUUCACUGAGUUCCUGGAACCAGCGGCCAAUGAGACUGUGCGGCACGGCUGCCUGCGCCUCAACCAGCCCACUCACGUCAACAACGGCAACUACACACUGCUGGCCGUCAACCCCUACGGCCAGGCUGCCGCCUCCGUCAUAGUUGCCUUCAUGGACAACCCUUUUAAGUUCAACCCCGAGGACCCCAUCCCUGUCUCCUUCUCGCCAGUGGAGGCUAACAGCACCUCUGGAGACCCAGUGGAGAAGAAAGAUGAAACGCCUUUUGGGGUCUCCAUGGCUGUGGGCUUGGCUGUCUUUGCCUGCCUUUUCCUUUCUACGUUGCUGCUUGUGCUCAACAAGUGCGGACAGAGAAACAAGUUUGGGAUCAACCGCCCCGCGGUGUUGGCUCCAGAGGAUGGGCUGGCCAUGUCCCUGCAUUUCAUGACUUUGAAUGGCAGCUCUCUAUCACCAACUGAAGGCAAAGGCUCUGGUCUCCAAGGCCACAUCAUUGAGAACCCACAGUACUUCAGUGAUGCCUGUGUACAUCACAUCAAACGCCGGGACAUCGUACUCAAGUGGGAGCUGGGCGAGGGCGCCUUCGGCAAGGUCUUCUUGGCCGAGUGCCAUCACCUGCUGCCCGAGCAGGACAAGACGCUAGUGGCUGUCAAGGCGCUGAAGGAGGUGUCGGAGAGUGCGCGGCAGGACUUCCAGCGCGAAGCGGAGCUGCUCACCAUGCUGCAGCACCAGCACAUCGUGCGCUUUUUCGGCGUCUGUACCGAGGGUCGUCCGCUGCUCAUGGUCUUUGAGUACAUGCGGCACGGGGACCUCAACCGCUUUCUCCGCUCCCAUGGGCCUGAUGCCAAGCUGCUGGCUGGUGGGGAGGACGUGGCCCCGGGGCCCCUGCGCCUGGGCCAGUUGCUGGCUGUGGCCAGCCAGGUGGCUGCAGGGAUGGUGUACCUAGCAGGCCUGCACUUUGUGCACCGGGACCUGGCUACACGCAACUGCCUGGUAGGCCAGGGCCUCGUGGUCAAGAUUGGCGAUUUUGGCAUGAGCAGAGAUAUCUACAGCACUGACUACUAUCGGGUGGGAGGCCGCACCAUGCUGCCCAUCCGCUGGAUGCCGCCUGAGAGCAUCCUCUAUCGCAAGUUCACUACCGAGAGCGAUGUGUGGAGCUUCGGCGUGGUGCUCUGGGAGAUCUUCACCUAUGGCAAGCAACCCUGGUAUCAGCUCUCCAACACCGAGGCGAUUGAGUGCAUCACACAGGGAAGGGAGUUGGAACGGCCGCGUGCCUGCCCACCCGAGGUCUACGCCAUCAUGCGGGGCUGCUGGCAGCGGGAGCCCCAGCAACGCCACAGCAUCAAGGAUGUCCAUGCCCGACUGCAAGCCCUGGCCCAGGCCCCGCCCGUCUACCUGGAUGUCCUGGGCUAGCCAGCAGCAGCAGAUACAGCCAGGACCCCUGGAGCCUGCCCUCAGCAAUCCUU